CUCCGCCGGGCUUUCUAGGACGCCGGCGCCCCGCACACCCACCAUGGAUCUGCUGCUGUUGGUGAACACGAGCCUGGGCUCCCCCAACGAGUCCCUGGCGCUGCCCCCCGCCUCGCCGUCCUCCUCGGCCCUCCUGCAGCCGCCCUCCCCCUACUCGCCGGCGGCCGUGGCCGGCCUGGCGGCGGUGGUGGGCUUCCUCAUCGUCUUCACCAUCGUGGGCAACGUGCUGGUGGUGAUAGCCGUGCUCACCAGCCGGGCGCUGAGAGCCCCCCAGAACCUCUUCCUGGUGUCCCUGGCCAGCGCGGACAUCCUGGUGGCUACCCUGGUCAUGCCUUUCUCCUUAGCCAACGAGCUUAUGAAUUACUGGUAUUUCGGCAAGGCUUGGUGUAACAUUUACCUGGCGCUGGACGUGCUGUUCUGUACCUCGUCCAUCGUCCACCUGUGCGCCAUCAGCCUCGACAGGUACUGGUCGGUCACACAGGCGGUGGAGUACAACCUCAAACGGACACCGCGGCGGAUCAAGGCCAUCAUCCUCACCGUGUGGCUCAUUUCAGCCAUCAUCUCCUUCCCGCCAUUGAUCUCCGUGUACCGGGACCCUGAAGGAGAUGUCUUUCCCCAGUGCAAGCUCAAUGACGAGACAUGGUACAUCCUUUCUUCUUGCAUCGGCUCUUUCUUUGCCCCCUGCCUCAUCAUGGUGUUGGUCUAUAUCCGCAUCUACCGCGUGGCCAAGCUAAGGACCAGGACCCUCUCUGAGAAGCGAACGAUGCCAGAGGGGUCCUCCCAGACUGAGAACGGCUUGAGCCGCGCUGCCGGCGGCUGCACGUCCCUGAGGAUGCAGCUGGGAGAGAACGGACAUUAUUCGGCGCACCACUGGCGCAAAGCCUCUGAGCUGGAGGACAUUGAGCUGGAGGAGAGCAGCACCUCAGAGAGCAGGCGGAGGCGGAGCCGGGAGGAGCGUCGCCGCAAGAGCAAGAGCCAGUCCUUCUCCUACUCGUACUCCUCCAAGCACUCCAGUGGCCGCCUGUCCCGUGCGAGCAAUCGCUCCAUGCAGUUCUUCUCCUACCGCCGCCGCCGGAAGCGUAGCAGCAUCUGCCGUAAGAAAGUUGCCCAGGCCCGGGAGAAACGCUUCACUUUUGUGCUGGCUGUGGUCAUGGGGGUCUUUGUAGUUUGCUGGUUUCCUUUUUUCUUCAGCUACAGCCUCUAUGGUAUUUGCCGGGAGGCAUGCGAGGUCCCCGAGACUCUCUUCAAGUUCUUCUUCUGGAUUGGGUAUUGCAAUAGCUCCCUCAACCCAGUCAUCUACACCAUCUUCAACCAGGACUUCCGCAGGUCCUUUAAACACAUUCUUUUUAAGAAGAAGAAGAAGAACUUCCGGCAUUGAGCUGGAGGGAUGGAUUUGCCUCGAGCAGGAGUAGAGUUAACAGAGAAGGCUCAAUGCUGGAAAAGAAGGGAGGGGAGAGGAGAACGUGGGGCUUGGGUUUAGGGAGCGGGAAGAGGGCUCGCCCCCUCGCAGGAGCAGGGGGAUGCUCUGGGGGACAGGGAUGGUGGCAGGAGAGGCUGAGGGCACUCACCACGGUACGGAAUGGUGACAUGGAGCUGGGGAGCAGUGCUGGAGUGUGGAGGGGUGAAGGGGGAGGGAGUGACUGUGUUCGAACCCUGACAGAGGGCACGGGGAGCCCACAGAGCAGAGUAGGCUGAGACACUGAGGUUGGGAGGCAGUGAGCUUUCAUGGGCUCUGGAAUUUUGUGGGGAAACAAAAGGAGACAUCAGAAGGAGAGGGUUAAGUGGCAGUGGUGGUGGAGAUUUGAGUAUGUAUAAAUAGGGCAUCUGGGGCCUAUGGUGGGUUUGUCCCAGUAAGAAAUUGGCUUUUACUGCUUGUGUGGGCAAGGAGAGUGCAAAGUACCAGGCACUGACAGUGUUUUGAGUUAUGAAAGGAUUUAAAUGUUUGCCAAAAAACCCUAAAGAACAAUCCAAACUCUUUUCUAAAUAAACCUUUGUACUGUUAAAA